GUUGUUCUUGUCGUCCUCGUUGUUGCAGCAAAGGAUGGUCAUCAGGGUGAGCAUGCCUUGCGACAAGUGCAGGUCCAAAGCCAUGGAGUUGGCCGCCAAGACAACCGGGGUGAUCUCGAUAAAGAUAGCCGGUGAUUAUACCAACCAACUUGAGGUGGUCGGUGAUGGCAUCGAUGUGGUCUGCCUCGUCAACCGCCUCCACAAGAAGCUUGGACGCGUCGUGAUUCUGGAGGUGGAGGAAGUGAAAGAUAAGAAACCAGAUCCAGAUGAGAAGAAGCCCGAGAAGUGUGAGAAGAAGUCGCAUGUGCCUGUCCCACAGUGUUAUCCCGGUUGCUACCACUAUCACUGCCCGUCGAGGCCACAAGUGGUCGUCUAUGAGGAGUCUGGCGCUUGCUCCAUCAUGUAAUUUUCCAGAGACGGUCUUGCCAACCAAACAAAUCAAGCAGGUGGGAAGGAAAAAAAUAACAUUAUUAUUAAAUACUCCUGCCAUCCCAAAAUAAGUGUCUCAAAUUUAAUAUAAUUUUUACUAAAGUUAGCACAAAGUUAAGACACUUUAAAAAAAUAAGUUGACACACUUAUUUUAGGACGGUGGGAGUACUUCAAGAGGUCUCAGUUGUGUGCAUUGCAAGAUGGAGUGGAGAUAAAAACAUUGUUCUUUCAUUGUGUAAAAAAAGAACUUGCAGGCGAGCCAUUAGGGCAUCUCCAAUAGUUUGUAUGUUAGCUUGCUGGUAAAAUAUGACAUGUCAUCAACCAACAUCUUAACAUACAACUACUCCAAUAGAUUGUAUCUAAUUUGCACAAUAGUAUGUAAGAUAAUAAAUAAGGUGCUCUCUCAUUCUACAUUGGAGCUUGUGUAAGGGGUGUUGGUUCAUGUACAUACAACCUAACUCUCUUUUCUCAUUUAUUGUAUAACACACCUAAAAAAUCCUAUGUGGCAAAGUCUACCAACAACUAUCUUACAACUAUUGGAGAUGCCCUUAGACGGAGGUCAAUCUAAUGACUUGAUGACGCUUGGAAUAAAGUGUUGCACCAAGAAACUCAGUU